ACGUAGUUCGGUAUUAAACAGCGCGUGGACGUAGUUGGUGCAAGUUGCAAUAUUUUUUUCAGUCCUAACACGGCCGUCGACAGAAACGGACGCGUUCAAAUUAAAUAUUACAACGACCUUGGCUUUUGUGUUCAUAGUUACUUCGUGUCCACAUAUACAUCACAAUGUCAACGGCUGUUGAGAAUCUUAACAUGGAGCCGCUGGUGAACGGUCACAAUGGCCCACAUUUGAAUGGCACAAAUGGUACAAAUGGCACCACAGUUAUCACAAACGGCACUAAUGGAACCUGGGCUCAGCAAUUCCUACCACCACAACUGAUUUUGGACGACAGAGUCAGAGCUACCAAGAUUGAUAAUCGUUUGUCCAAAAUGAUUCUGUGUGGUAACACGCUGAGGCGAGUUGGCGAAGUGUUUGCCAGAGAAAUAGAGAACGGAUUAAAGGAACGUCCAUCCAGUCUGCAGAUGGAGAACACGUAUGUUCCAGAACUACCCGAUGGAACUGAGGAAGGGGUUUUCUUGGCUUUAGAUCUCGGAGGUACUAAUUUUAGAGUUCUGCUGCUAGAACUUCGUGCUGGUAAACUUGUGAGAGAGGACGUUAAGCAUUAUCAUAUCAGUGACGUCUUGCGACUCGGACCUGGUGAGGAUCUCUUUAAUUUCCUUGCGGACAGUGUACUGGACUUUUUGACGUCGGAGAACAUGGAAAACGACGUGCUUUCGCUUGGUUUCACGUUUUCGUUUCCGAUGAAACAGCACUCGAUUUCAUCUGGUGAGUUGAUAACAUGGACCAAGAGCUUCAACUGCGGGGGGAUGCAGGGCGUGGACGUCGCUGCCCUGUUGCAGCGCUGUCUGCGAGACCGCGGACUGAGAGUGACGGUUCAAGUGCUGCUCAAUGAUACCACGGGUACACUUGUCGCUGGUGCUCACAUGGAUCCGGAUGUUGCCAUCGGUGUUAUAAUGGGCACUGGUUCAAACGGUUGUUAUAUGGAACAAGCGAAGAGAGUGCAACACUGGGAGGCGAAACACGACCGCGUGCAGGAUGUGUGUGUUGACAUCGAGUGGGGAGCCUUCGGAGAUAACGGGUGCCUGUCCUUCCUGAGGACAGAUUUCGACAAAGUGGUGGACGACAAUUCUUUGCUCGCUACAUCUUUCACUUUCGAAAAGUACAUCGGUGGAAAGUAUAUAGGGGACUUAUUGUGUGCGGUUUUGAGUGGACUGGCACACGAUCGUCUUUUCCCCGCACCACCAGCGCCCGGUUCAUUGGCCUCGUCAGAUCUUAGCAUGUUUGAAGAAGAGAACGUGACAGGUUCGUGGUCUAACACAGCUAAGACAUUGACCGCGGCCUGCGGUGUGCGAAUCUCGCGAGCUGAUGCGUUAGUCGCCCAACACGCAGCACGAGUCAUAUCAAAUCGUGCUGCGCAGCUCGUGUCUGUUUGUAUAGCGACGUUGUUGCUUCGUAUGAAUCGCCCGCAUGUGGGCGUGGCUGUUGAUGGUUCAGUUUUCAAACGACACCCUCGUAUCCGUGGACUGAUGGAGCGCUACAUUGAGUUGCUCGCCCCCCAUCACAAGUUCACUCUUCUUGGAGCUGAAGAUGGUAGUGGCAAAGGCAGUGCUUUGACGGCAGCUAUCGCGGCCAGGGUCGCCGCUCGUUCACCCUAACCGUGUAGUCUACAAAACAACGAAGCUAUCCCCUAGAUAUUAAACUAUGAUAUUGAUAAAAUUUUAUAAAUUAUUUUAGUUAAAUUGUACGAAAAUAUCGUGAAAUGUAUUUUCAAACAAAAUUAUAUUAUAUUUGUGUGGCUGUUUGAGUGUAGCGCUCGCGGGACGAGUGUCUAUGUAAUGCAUUUAGAUAAUGUAAGUAGAGUGAUUAUAUUUUAAGUAAACUAUAGUGCCAUAUACAUUAGUAUAGUAAUGAAGAGCUAUCUUGCCGUCUUAAGGUCGAAGCUUAUAAGUUGGAGACAGUGGCAGAGCGAAAGGUUGAUCUGUAUACAUGGUGUUUAAAAAAGCUUAGACUUACAUGCUAUACAUGGCGUAUAAACAAGCUAAGACUUACAUGAGAUGGCAGAAUAUAUCUGAUUGUGAUGUUAAAUUAGAUGAUAAUAUAUAUUUUUUUAGGGAAUUUUUCAGGGUCGGGUAGAUAUAGAUAUUAUGAAACGAAAGACUUUCCAGUUAUGAAACGUAUAUUAAGAUGUCUCGAAAAUUAUUAUAGGCAAAUGUAUAAAUAGUUCUAAAGAAAAUGUGUUAUUACGGACAAACAUUUAUUAGGUUUAUACAUUAUGAAUAUUUUAUUUUAUAAUAACUAUAUUGAUGAUAUUUAAUUUAAAUUAUGAAUUUUUCAGCUUUAUUCAAUAUUACAUAUUAAUGUUUUGUAUUUUUAAGAAGAGUUGUAAUAAAAAUAUUUAUAAAUAA